AGUAGGGAAGGUAGCAUGAAUAACCCAACUAAUUGUAGAGCAAGACCGAUCCACAUAAUAAGUGACCAUUUGAAAGUAUGUCCGCAAGGUUACACUUGCUGUUCUCAGGAAAUGGAAGAGAAGUACAGUCAGCAGAGUAAACACGACUUCAGAAAUGCGGUAGUAGAACUUAGCAGUCACUUACAGACAACAUUUAGUUCCCGUUACAAAAAGUUUGAUGAAUUCUUCAAAGAACUGCUUGAAAAUGCAGAGAAAUCCUUGAACGACAUGUUUUUGCGGACGUACGGUCGUUUGUACAUGCAGAACUCUGAACUUUUUAAGGAUCUCUUCAUAGAGCUAAAGCGGUACUACGUGGGUGGGAACGUAAACCUGGAAGAGAUGCUGAAUGACUUCUGGGCGCGUCUCCUGGAGCGGAUGUUUCGAUUAGUGAACCCCCAGUACCAAUUCACAGAUGAAUACCUUGAAUGCGUCAGUAAGUACACAGAACAGCUGAAGCCAUUUGGAGACGUACCACGGAAACUAAAACUACAAGUGACACGCGCGUUUGUGGCUGCUCGCACUUUUGCACAAGGCCUGGCAGUGGCAAGAGAUGUCGUUACCAAAGUGUCUGCGGUAAACCCAAGCCCUCAGGGUGAGCGAGCGCUGCUGAAGAUGAUGUACUGUCCACAUUGUCGAGGACUGAUUACGGUGAAGCCGUGUUACAACUACUGCUUUAAUGUCAUGAGAGGCUGUUUAGCCAACCAAGGGGAUCUGGACACCGAGUGGAAUAACUUUAUAGAUUCUAUGCUGAUGGUGGCGGAAAGGCUGGAGGGUCCUUUCAACAUUGAAUCCGUCAUGGACCCUAUCGAUGUGAAAAUUUCGGAUGCAAUCAUGAACAUGCAGGAGAACAGCUUGCAAGUGUCUCAAAAGGUUUUCCAAGGGUGCGGACAGCCUAAAACACUUUCUCAAGGCCGGGCCUCUCGUUCAGUCUCUGAAGGUGGCUUCAGUGCGCGUUUUAGACCCUACAACCCAGAGGAGCGGCCAACCACAGCGGCUGGCACGAGUUUGGAUAGACUGGUGAGUGCCUCUUGGCCUGUCUCGCUGACGCAGAGCCAGCGUGGUUCAUUAUGGACAUACUGUGCUUUGUCACCCUCACAGCCACCUCUGGCAAGCUUAAAAGGCAAGGAGGUGAGAGCCCAAGUGGAUAUGGCCGCCGGGCGUGUCGUGGAGGAUGAGUGUUGGAAUGGAAGUGCUAAGAGCAGGUACGUCUUUGCAGUGACCGGCAAUGGGCUAGCCAAUCAGGUGAACAAUCCAGAAGUAGAAGUUGACAUUACAAAACCAGAUAUGGUGAUUCGUCAGCAAAUCAUGGCCCUUCGCGUGAUGACCAAUAAAAUGAAGAAUGCUUACAAUGGCAAUGAUGUUGACUUCCUUGACAUAAGUGACGAGAGCAGCGGGGAAGGAAGUGGAAGUGGUUGCGAAUAUCAGCAGUGCUCUCCCGAGUUUGAGUUCAAUGUAACCGAAGUUACUGGGAAAACGAACAAGAUGGACAAAAACACGAACACUUCUGCGGCUGCCCACAUCGGCCUAUCACAAGCAGCCUUGUUCUUUAGCAUCGUACUCUUGGCCAUGCAAAGACAAUGGAGAUAAUUGUGUGACGUAGGGCGAUAGAGACUUGAUUACCAGAGUGAAAAGGCACCUGUUUUCACUUUUAUACCAUCGAGUGACUUGGCUUUUUAAGUGAAUGGACAACCGUGUACAGUUUUUACUACGUGGCCACUGAUUUAAAAGUGUUGAUUUUUUUUUUCCACUUGCUGUUCUGGAAAUAACGCUGACGCGGACGGUUAGUCUGAUGUUCACCAAGAAUCCAUGGUAAAAGUGGCUAACAAAGUGUAUAUACAGACCCGUAGUUAGCGAUGCAUUUGUGUUUUUAUCACUUGCCUUUUUAAAGAAAAAAUGUUAUUUUACCACCUUUCUGACAAGAAAAACAGGGUCCUAGCUUGGUAUGUAACAAGUACGUGUUUCUGAAAUAUGAAAUAUCUGUACAGAAGCAAGUUUUAUUUAUCACAUUAGGGGGAAAAUAAUAAGCCAACAAGCAAAAGGUAUGUUUCAUGUAAUUAUCUUCCCAUUUCUUCACGUUAUGUUAGUUGCCUUAUCUGGAGAGAAGCGGAGGUAAUUUGUCUUGAUUCAGUAGAACAGGACGUGAAGGCGUAAUUGGUUUAGAAGCCGUAUGCCCCAUUUGCAUAAAGCAUUACCACCAGGCACAGGUUAUACUGCCUUUACAGGAUGUUUGGUUAAAUUGGAAGAGACGACCAAGAAUUCCAGGUUCCCAUAAGCUGAGAAGAGCUGUCGGGUGUUCCCCCUGGUGACUAGGUGUAAACCCAAUACUCCAGUUCUACAUGAGCAGCGCCCUCUCUCCUCGGUAGGUCGCAUUCAGUGGGCUGCAAUUCAUGUUGUUGCUCAUACCGAUGCCAACGUAUAUUCUGUCUGCCAGUUCGUUAGUUGAAUGUGGAUGACGUUGAGGGAUCUUUUUUAUGCUUUGAGAGGAGUGUUGUUUCCCCUCUGGUCAGAAGGCCAAGGGUUAAGACUGGCUAAGUAGCACACUGCACUGUCGUCCGACAGACCUGAGUUUAGCAAUGGGCUAGGAUGGGCGGGUCUGACAGAUCCCAUCUCAUAGGAGCGUCACAUGCAGUCACUUCAGAGGAUUAGUAGAGACCACCCAAACCUGCUGGCCAAGGCACCACAUGACCAUAGUGAGGGCUGCUCGAGGAGUCUCCGUUCCCAACUAGAACGGUUUUGUGGCAAGUGACAAUUCAUCAGAGGAAUAUAUAUUUUCGAAAAGAAUGAAAUCACUUUAAAAGAGUUACCAAAAGUCUGCAGAAGGACUAAAAAUGAUUCUGCACAUCUCUUCCUGCUUUUGGACAGCCAUUAGAAUCUGGCGGGAUACUUCCAGCCAUGAGAAUAAUCUACAGAGAGGGUUUUGUUAUAUGCCAACCUUGCAUUGUAAGGAUAAUUUUCUAUUUUUAUAUUGAACCAUUAACUACUUGUUAGCUCAGGGUCAGCAUUGUAUUCAACUUUCCUUUUCACACCAAAUUUCUGCAGUACUAUAAUGAUGGAAUAUUCUUGGCUGAUAUGACCAAUCCUGGAGACGUAAUUUUACUAGAAGUAGCCAGUUAUUUAUUAAAACAUGAUGGUAGUAGAAUAUGCAUAUUCUGGCUAUAUUUUUUCUUUAGAAAAUAAAUCAUGGAAGCAUAAAAUUGAAAAGGUUAUGAAUUUAUGUGUGGGAAAAAAUGGAUUGUAAAUAGCUAAGUUGGCUUGUGAGGGAUUGUAAAAUGUGCUGAUACUUAGAAACUACCUCAGUUCUGAGGAAUUUCCUUUUUAGCUUUGAGUGCUAUUACAUUUACUCGGUAGAAAUGAAUCUGCUCUCCAAUAUGUAGCUAAAAGAGUUAUCCCCAUAGACCUUGUUAGAUUGUUUUUAAUUUAGAGCAUUGAACGAAGGCCAGCUGUUUUCUUUCAGCUGAGUCCCCGAACAAAGAGAAUUUCUGAAUUAAAUAUCACUGAUGGUUUCCAUGACUUUUACUGAUUUGUUUGGUUUCAUGGCAUUUUUUUUUCCUGUUGCCCUUUAAUUAUUUAAAUGGCUCUAUACAAUUACAUUUUAAUUCUGAAAUAAACAAACCUUAGAUGCGCUCUCAUUGUAAAUCUCACAGUAAGGUCUGACUGGAUAACCCUUCUGGCUUAUACCCAGCUGGCAGAUCAGAAAAUUUAGCUAAGAAAAAAAAAUUAAAUUCUUUCAGAGAAUGAAAUGGAACAAUAGCCCUUGUAUUCAGAACAGCUGACUUUUCCAAGAUCUCAGUUUUUGGCAUAUAAAUGUUCAUAUGUAAGAAAGUUACUUGUAAAUUCUCCUGCUUUUGAACAGGCUGCCCACUAUGUACCUAACAAAGAAAAAAAGUUUCUGAAGUUAUAUUUAUCAUUUUACAACUAAUUGCUUACUAAUUAUUAUUCAUUAGUUUUGUAACAGCAACAAUGCAAAGAACUGACAUGAGUUUUAAA